AUGCACCGGUCAACAAGCCUACCGAGCAGUGGUGGGAGAUGGAAGUAGACGGAGCGUCCGGUCCUAAAGGUUAUGGGGGUGGUAUAGUCUUUACCACUCCGGAAGGAUUCAAAAUUUACCAUGCAAUCGUCUUCAACUUCAAGUUGACGAACAAUGAAGCAGAAUACGAAGCUCUUGCUGGAGGGCUCAGACUUGCUCAAGCCCUCAAAAUCAACCGGGUCAGUAUCAAAUCUGACUCUAGUCUGAUUGUUGGGCAAGUGACCGGUAAUAUGGAGGCUAGAGAAGGACGAAUGGCGCAAUACAAGGACCUGGUGCUCGCCUUGUUGAUAAGCUUCGAGGAAUUCAAAAUCGCCCAAAUCCCCCGGGCAGAAAAUGCAGAUGCAGACCUUCUCUCCAAACUAACGCAGUAUGCCCCCGAGCAUGUUUCAAAACUUGCCCGGGUGGAAAUCUUGGACCGUGCCAGCAUCGAGAAACUCGAAGUAGCUGUCAUAACAGGGGAAGCCCAAUCUGACCGGUCAAACUUGGUCGGGGCGAAUGAUCACUGGAUGUAUGAUCUGAUGGAGUAUCUGAUGAACGAGACCUUGCCGGAACAAGAUGACCGGGCAAGAAAAGUGAAGCUCAGGGCACCACGGUUCCAGGUCCUGGAUGGGAAGCUGUACAAAAGGGCAUUCGGAGGACCACUCCUGAGGUGCCUCACCAACCGGGAAGCUGAGCGAGUCAUAGCAGAAGUGCAUGAAGGG